UCAAGAUCUUGUUUUCUAGACAAUAACAUAUGCUUUUCUGCUAUCUACAGUAAAACAAGUACUUUGUCUACAAUUAGAUCAUGUAAUUGAUGAUUUUUUUAAAGAAAAAUGAGAUAAUAGCAUGUCUUUUUUUAUUCGUUUCUACAGUUAUUAAAUACUGCGAUAGUUCUCUUUUUUCCUUUUAAUUCUCUUAUUGAUCUAGAGUAUCGCUGACAAUAAAGUAGGGGAAAAUCUAAAAAUCAGGAGAAAAUGUUGAAAAUCAGCUCCUGAAACCAGGAGAUUUUCUAUCAGGAUAGCUGCCCAAAAAUCAGGAGUCUCCUGGUCAAAUCAGGAGGUUUGGCAAGCCUGUUCUAGAAUAUGGCGAAAUCUGAAUGAUACGAUGUGUAUGAAAUAUCUUUACAAAACAGAGAUUAUAAUUUUUUUAUAAGUCAUUCAUGAUAAUUUUUUUUUGAGUACUUUUCUGCUUACUUGAUACAGCUGAAGUUGAGAAAAUACCAAAAAUCUCCAAAAACGUCUAGCAGCUCAGAAAGAGAUAUGGCUCAUUGUUCUCUUUUAAUAUUACUGAAUAGAGUCAGACGAGAUUAUUGGAUUUAACCAGAUUGUACAGCAAGCCAUACACAUCAUCGAGAAGGUUGAGCUCAUCGAUACAUACUGCAGAGAAAUAAAAAACAUAAAAAUGUGCCUCAAACUGUUAGCGUUAGCAGUUAACAGUGCAGUCUUUGGCGGAUAUAUCUUUGUUUAGCUACUACAAGUACAACGGUCACCACAUCGACAUCAACAACAACAGUGACGACGACCACUACGUCGACAUCAACAACAACAGUGGCGACGACCACUACGUCGACAUCAACAUCAACAUCAACAUCAACAUCAACAUCAACAACAACAGUGACGACAACGAUCAUACCGCUACGUGCACCUGCCAUUGAGAUUCCUCCGAAUGCAAAAUGGCAACAGAAUGGUGUGACUGUUGCUGGAGGAAAUGGAUCAGGCAGUGGAUUCAAUCAACUCAUUCAACCAUUGGGUUUGUAUGUUGACGAUGCUCAAACUGUCUAUGUUGCUGAUCGUAACAAUCACCGUAUUGUGGGAUGGAAAUGGAAUGCAACGAGUGGUGAAGUAGUUGCCGGUGGAAAUGGAGAAGGAAAUGGGACUCAUCAGUUGUUUAAUCCAUUUGAUGUGAUUGUCGACAAAGAGAGAGAUAGUUUUAUAAUCUGUGAUUGGAGAAAUAGGAGAGUAGUACGGUGGCUUCGUCGCAAUGGAAUACAUGGGGAAACGACCAUCUCGAACAUCGACUGUUUCGGUUUGACAAUGGACGAUAUUGGAUCUGUUUAUGUCGCUGACAUGAAAAAAUAUGAAGUAAGACGAUUCCAAAGAGGAGACUCUCAAGGAACAGUGGUUGCAGGUGGCAAUGGAGAUGGAAAUCAUGACGAUCAACUUUCUUCCCCACAAUAUGUGUUUGUUGAUCGAGAUUAUUCAGUGUAUGUGUCUGAUUUUGGAAAUCAUCGUGUGAUGAAAUGGGUAGAAGAUGCAAAAGAAGGCGUUGUUGUGGCUGGUGGUCAAGGACAAGGAAAUAAUUUUACACAAUUGUCGAAUCCUCAAGGAGUCGUUGUCGAUAAAAUGGGUACUGUCUAUGUGGCUGAUGCAGAAAAUUAUCGAAUCAUGCGUUGGGUCAAAGAAGCCACAGAAGGAAAUGUUAUUGUUGGUGGAAACGGCCGAGCAGAACUAUUGAAUGAAUUAAAUUAUCCCUUUGGUUUAUCGUUCGAUUUGUACGGUAAUCUUUAUGUCGUCGAGUGGGGAAAUAAUCGUGUGCAAAAAUUUAAUAUUGAACAGACAAUAAAAUAG